AGACAGUGCUGGAUUUAUGAUGUUGUAUAUGUUGUUUAUAUUUGUUUCAUACAAUGUCUUCAGACAAGAGUUUAUCUUUAGUUAUAAACUAUGUUGUGUGAUGUUGACUUAGAUAAUGCCUUUACAUUUAUGUUGUCUGACUUUUCUAACCCUAGCUAGCUGCUAGUUGACUUGGACAAAUUAAACACUUGGCCAUUAUUUCGACAAAAACAUACUCGACCUCAUCUCCAUCAGCUAUAGCAGCUCACUCCGCAUCUCUCUCACUCAAAAUCCACUCGAGCCCUCUGCCAUCUCUCAAAAUCAAUGAAAAUUCCUCAAAAGUACUAAUUUGAGCCAUCUCUCUACUUUGAGCCAUCUGCGAUCAUCGCACUGAAGAGGAAAUCCAAGCUUUCAACCGCGAUGAGUCUCAUAAGAGGUUUCAAGAUUAACUGUUUUCGAGGUUCUUGAAGACAGAUCGAGCGCUCCUUCUUUCAAGCUAGGUUUGUCUUUACUAGAGAAUUUCAAUUGCUAGUUGAGAAAGAGAAGAGUAGUGUUGUGGAUACUUUGGUACAGUUUCUGCGAUUUCUUCAAAGAGCAAGCAGUACGUUCACAAACAAGCAAGGAGUAUACGUUUUGGAGCUUACGUUUAGGAUAGUAAAAGCAAACAGGUUAUGGCUCCUUCAAAGACAAAGGCUGCCUCUAGAGCAAGGGAAAAUAUUUUGAAGGCACUAAGAGUGACAAGAGCGAGAUCUGCACCUACUGCAGCAACUCCAACUAAAUCGAGUGCAUCAGAACAUAAGCCAUCCCCAAAGAGAGCAAUUUCAUUGAAUGUCAGAAGGUCAAUCGCUAAAAAGAAGCGUAAAUCAUCAAAGGCAACCAGCCCGAUACAAACCGGCUUGAAAUUACUGAAGCGUGGCUGUGUUACAAUGCAUAGGAUUGUGAGACGCAAAAUACUUGGAAUCAAACAAAAAGUCAUGUUCAACAAGAAGGGAUCGCCUUAUGGUGCUGCAGCCAAGGAAAUGCAAUCAUAUAUCGGGGUGCUAGCACGGACUAAGGCACCAAUUUGGAGAUCUACUUGGAAGCAGGUGCCAAGAGAUCGUAAAAAUAAGAUUUGGCAAUGUGUUGAGAUGGCAUUUGAGGUACCCCUGGAGGCAAGGAGAAUGGUUCUAUCUUCAGCUUCACAUAAGUGGAGAGAAUUCAAGAGCAAGCUGACUACACAGUACAUCAUCCCACAUAAGGAUGAACCAGAAUUGUUAGAGUAUCCCCCAGCUGAUUACAACUUCAUUGAAAAGGCUCAUUGGGACAUAUUUGUAGCUGAUCGCUUGUCAGAUGAAUUUAUGGAAGUGCACAAGGUGCAAAAGAAGAAGAGGGAAAAGAACAAGUACCCUCAUCGGAUGUCGCGUAAGGGAUAUGCAAAUCUGGAGGCUGAACUGUCUGAAUCUGUCCCUGAAUCGGAAUUGGACCGUGCAACAAUGUGGAUCAAGGCACGGCAGGAUAAACAUGGUAAUUUCAAAGAUUCUGAGGUAGAGCAGAAGGCAACUGAAAUUGACAAGUUGAAGAAGCAGGUGAGUGAUGGUGAGGUGACAACUUGUGGCACCGAUGAUGUAUUAACCAAGGCUCUAGGUAUCCCUGAGCACCAUGGCAGAGUACGUGGUGUGGGAGGUAAUAUCAACCCUUCGUCUUAUUUCAACCUACCUAAGCAUAGAAGGAAGACUGUUGAAGAGAGGAUUAGGGAAGGCUGCAAGAAAUUUAUAGAGUAA